AGAGUAUACACGGAUCUAGGCCUACCGCACAGGCCUCCAGCGACACUCACGCUCGCUCCCCACGAAUGUCGCGUGCGGCCACCAGAAUAUUCCCGACGCCGUCGUUGCUCCCACUUCCACUUUCCAAGUGGCUGCGUAGGCGGCGGCCAAGCAUCUGCCCAGCGAGGAGAACCUUCGCGAUGGCGGCGUCCGGAUUCGGAGGCGGCGAGGCGUUCCGGCUGUCGGCUGCGGCGGGGGCCGGCGCGCUGAAGCUGCACAAGGGCGACAUCACCCUCUGGUCCGUCGACGGCGCCACCGACGCUAUCGUCAAUGCUGCUAAUGAACGAAUGCUAGGAGGGGGAGGUGUUGAUGGAGCUAUACAUCAAGCUGCUGGACCACAGCUUGUACAAGCAUGCCGUGAAGUUCCAGAGGUUAAACCUGGAGUCCGUUGCCCUACUGGAGAAGCUAGAAUUACUCCAGCUUUUGAGCUUCCCGUGUCCUGUGUGAUCCAUACAGUUGGGCCCAUAUAUGAUAUGGACAGGAAGCCUGAGGUGUCACUAAAGAAUGCAUACGAAAAUAGCUUAAAGGUUGCUAAAGAGAAUGGCAUUCAGUACGUUGCAUUCCCUGCUAUAUCUUGUGGUAUUUUCCGUUACCCUCCAAAGGAAGCAUCAAACAUAGCUAUUUCAGCUGCUCAACAAUUUUCAGGGGAUAUUAAAGAGGUGCAUUUUGUUCUGUUCUCGGAUGAGCUCUACAACGUUUGGCGUGGGACUGCCCAGGAGAUGCUGACGCAAUUUGAGAAAUGAAUAACUAUGAUAUCAGUGUAGUAUGCGCAUGUUAGCCAGCGUCUAAUAUGACCACUAGAGUCUGUUGACCAUGAUCGUAUGUAUGGCGCAGUUUGAAUGUGUUUAUCUGAAAGAUAGUUGGAUGGAUAUGCCGGAUGAGUGCCCUAAUAUUUUACCGUUCUUUAUGCUUCA